CUGAAGGUUGAACAUGGCAUUGAUCAUGUAAUUACGUAUUCAAAAAUAGAAGUAAUCGACCUUAGCGAGUUCUCCUUGACCAUUCUUUCGUGCAUUGAGACUACGAUUUGGCGGCCAAAAAGUGUCCCCAUAAAGCGCGCGGUCAAAACGAUCAUGUGUUACAUAGCGGUGACGUAGAAAACAGUGAUGAAGACACGUCGGUAACUAUGGUGGAGAAAGGAGAAAUCUAGAAGAAAAGACAAGGGUAUUACGUGGCCGGAGCGCCAAAUGAUGUUAGCUACAAGAAUAAUACACAUAUAACGGAUAUUCCUAUACACUACUUUCCAAAGGAUGUAGCUGUAUGGCCAAAAUGGACGCGUCUCGAUCGUCGACAUCGAGGAGAUUUUACUCUUCAAUGUCGUCGGUCUCAUGCUCUGUACCGGCUUCGAAGACGCCUGCUACGAACACAUGCCACUAGUCAAUUCAGGGGAAGAUAA